AUGAUUUUAAAUCAAAACAAAUUAACUUCUUUAAUUAUAUUUAAUACUCUAUACGAUCCUUCAUUAUCAAGAGCUUUUGUAAUUGGUGCAGAUACGUUUUCAGACGUAACGAUUAAUGAUCUUGAAAAAUCAAAAAACUACAGAGCAAUAAUUAAAGAAGCAGUGAGAAUAAGACCUAAGCAACAUAAAAAUUCAUUUUUAAUGUUACGAAAAGAUCCAAAAAUAUGUCCGGGUAGAAAACUUGCAAUGUUGAAUUGA